AUGACAUAAAGGCGAACGCUGAACCACGUUCACCACACACACGCUUCUUCCCUGAGCGUUCGCUAGGUGAGGCGCCCUGAAGCGGACAGACCGAUCCACCCAUGAGCCGGCAGCACCCGCAGAACCAUUUUCUGGUGAUAGACAACAAGAACUGCUGUGUGUUCCGGGACGAUUUCAUUGCCAAUGUGCUGCCUCCGGUGUUGGGGCUGGAGUUUGUAUUCGGGCUCCUGGGCAAUGGUCUCGCUCUGUGGAUAUUCUGCUUCCACCUUAAGUCCUGGAAAUCCAGCCGGAUUUUCCUGUUCAACCUGGCCGUGGCUGACUUUCUCCUCAUCAUUUGCCUGCCGUUCCUGACGGACAACUAUGUGAGGAAGUGGGACUGGAAGUUUGGGGACAUCCCUUGCCGGAUGAUGCUCUUCAUGUUGGCCAUGAACCGCCAAGGCAGCAUCAUCUUCCUCACGGUGGUGGCCGUGGACAGGUAUUUCCGGGUGGUCCAUCCCCACCACGCUCUGAACAAGAUCUCCAAUCGGACGGCAGCCAUCAUCUCUUGCCUCUUGUGGGGUGUCACCAUUGGCCUGACAGUCCACCUCCUGUACAGACGCAUGCUGACCCAGAACGGCCCUGCCAAUCUGUGCAGCAGUUUCAGCAUCUGCAAAACCUUCAGGUGGCACGAUGCCAUGUUCCUCCUGGAGUUCUUCUUGCCCCUGGGCAUCAUCUUGUUUUGCUCAGCCAGAAUCAUCUGGAGCCUGCGGCAGAGGCAGAUGGACAGGCAUGCCAAGAUCAAGAGAGCCAUCAAUUUCAUCCUCGUGGUGGCCGUGGUCUUCAUCAUCUGCUUCCUGCCCAGCGUGGCAGUGCGGAUCCGCAUCUUCUGGCUCCUGUACACGGCAGGCACGCAGAACUGUGAGGUCUACCGCUCGGUGGACCUGGCCUUCUUCAUCACCCUCAGCUUCACCUACAUGAACAGCAUGCUGGACCCGCUGGUGUACUACUUCUCCAGCCCAUCCUUCCCCAAUUUUUUCUCCAUGUUGAUCAACCGCUGCCUCCGGAGGAAGACAUUGGGCGAGCCAGAUAAUAACCGGAGCACCAGCGUGGAGCUCACUGGGGACACGAGUACUACCAGAAAUGUCCCGGAUGCAUUAAUGGCUGACUCCAGAGAGCCACGGAGCCCCUCUUAUCUGGCUUGUUAAAUAACCACGCCAUGAAGGGAGGUUGGCACCAAGAUCUCUGAAGAAACAUUUUGGAUGUUGCGCAGAGAAACCUCACUAGACCUGGCCUGCGGUGUCGGGAACUUCCAGAUUCAGAGGAUCAGAUUUAGAGAAAGGCAUGGCAGAGCCCGGGGUUCAGUUGCAAGGUGUGAUCACAUAAGCCUCGGGAAACAGAGAGUAAAGCGGCGAGGCACCUGAAACUUCUGCUUCAUCGUGACACUCUGGGUCCGAAGGUGGGCUGACUGUUCACUCUCUGUGGAGCCAGGGAGCUGCCCAUUGGUACCUGUGACUCUGCCUCUUUCCUUCCCCUGACUGAGACUCGAGGUGUCCUCAGUUCCUAGAGCACUAUCUAGCCUCUUGGUGAACCUGAGAGAUAAGGAAAGUCAAGAGACUGGAGGGGAGUUCUGUAGCUCCUGGAGGGAACCCAGGCAUUACUAAACAAGCCCAAAGGUCACCUGAGUUCCAGGGGACCCAUGUACCUUUCAGGCAUGCUUUAGCAGAUGGGCUAGGUGAAGAGAUCCAUGCUUUGGUUAAUGUCUGAGUUUCCAGAGGUGGUCGGAAAGGGAUUAUCCCAGGAGGGCCUGAGCUGAACAGUGUUCUGAACCGAUAGGAAAUGGCAUUUGUGCCAUAACCAGCAACGAGUCCCUUCCUCCCUCCUUGACACUGUUUUGAAGAUUGAACAGUUAAAAGGCUUCAGAGAGGAAAGCUGCUUCCCACCUGUUUGCUUCUGUCAUUAAAAGGGAAAUACGCUGCUUCCCAGUGGUUGGGGGGGGGGAGAUUUCAUAUUUGUCUGUGUUUCUGUACUUAUAAUAAAUCUACCAUUUCAAUAAAUUUUGAUAGGAGACACA